AUGAAUAACUUUGUUUGGGGUGGAAACACAUCCGCUUUAGGAAAUGGUACCCAACAAGCAAACACAAACAACACGUUUAGUGGUUUAAGUGCUUCAAUGUCUCUAUUUGGUAAUGGACAAAACAAUGAUCCAAUUUCAGGACAACAACAAAGCACAAACCCUGUUUUAAAUACACCCACUACCUCUUCUUUAGGUUUAAAACUUGAUUUGCAGCCAAACGAGUUACCUGGUUUUAAAACACCUUUUCUCAGCGGAGUUACAGCGACAGAACCAAUACAACAACCCACACAACAACAACCUGCAAUUAAUCUAAUUUCUCAAAUGAACACAAAACAUGAAGCACCACAAGAACCACAUCUUGUGGAAAAGAAAGAGGAGAAACCUCUUCAAAUUGAGAGGGUUGUGAUUCCAUCUGUAAGUGAGUUGAGAAAUGAGAGCGAUGUCUCGGCUUUUGUUGAGAAGUACAAGGCGGCAAUUUCGCAGAAGAUCGAAGGAAUGAAGCGAGUGUGUGGUGAUAUCACUGAGAGAAAUAACGAAGCAGCCCAAUCGCAGGCUCAAAUUGCGCAAUCGCUUGAUGCAGCGGAGAAUAUGGCGAAUGAGAUUGACGCAUACCUCGACGGAGUUAUCGCGGAACAAAUGGCAUUUGAGCAAAUGCUAUUGAAUGUAGAAACUGAGUUAGUUGGGCUGAAAGGAGAGAAGACACGAAGUGAGGCCACCAAAGAUAUCGAGGAGAUCAAGAUGAAGGUGUUGGCGAUUGAGGAGAGUACAAAAGAAAUCGACACAAAGGUCAAAGAGAAAUUAGAAAAGAAAGAUAAAUCGCUUGCUCAUGUUAAAAAGAUGAUGGAGGAAAAUAACAAAAUGCUCGACAUGGUCGAAGAAACCCUCUAA